GUCAGUGUAAACAUAAUCCAGUCCUACUCCAGAACAAGAGGUUUGAUAUGGUAAUGCACCUAUUUCGUCAGCACUAACGGUAACUAACAAGAAUACAACUAUUGUGAACCCAAGACCGUGACGUCAGCAUUGCUGCAAUUAUCAUAAAUAAAAAAGAAGACGAGGAGGACAAUGUCUAAAUCAGAUAUGAACCUCUGUGUUGGCGACGACAUGAAAUAUGUACAAACACCGAGUACAAGAAAUCUUAUUGUAGGAGGUUUUAUAGUUCUGGCUCUUGGGAUCGGGGCAGGAAUCGGUAUUGGAUUCGCAAUUGGUUAUAACACUUACGAGGAAGAGCUGCCAAAUAAGGAAGAACAGCAAGGUAACUGCCUCCCUAGUGGUCAAAAUGUCUCAUGGUUCAAUAUACCGUGUCCGAGUGAAGACACGUCUCUAAGCUGUCCACAUGGAUAUGAAGAUCCGCCAUUAUUGCUGAUUUCUCUUGACGGAUUUCGCCCUGACUACCUGACACGAAAUAAAGACAUGGUGCCCAACAUCAACAAACUCAGAAACUGUGGCUCGUACGCACCGUAUAUGAUGCCUUCGUUUCCUUCCGUGACGUUUCCAAACCACUACACAAUUGUCACUGGAUUGUAUCCAGAAUCACAUGGUAUAAUUGGAAACAACAUGUACGACCCUGAUCUUGGCGUAUUCUCUUUAAGUGGUACUGAAAAAUUUGAUAAAAGAUGGUGGGGAGGUGAACCGAUUUGGAAUACGGUAAUGAAGCAAGGAAAACGAGCUGCAACUUACUUUUGGCCUGGUUCAGACGUGGAUAUUGAGGAUAUUAGACCAAACUAUUACUUUACAUACGACGGGGCGCACACUUAUGAACAGAGAAUCGACGUUGUUCUGGGGUGGCUUAUGUUGCCUAUUGAUAGAAGGCCCAGCUUCAUCACUCUCUAUUACGAUGAGCCCGACCACAUCGGCCACGACCCUGGUCCGUUUAGUGACGAGAUUAAUGGUGCUUUGAAAUCAGUUGAUGACGUCAUUGGGAGGUUGAUGGAUGGCCUCGCUGCAUUUAACUUACAUAACUGUAUCAACAUGGUUGUUGUUGCAGAUCACGGAAUGGCCAACAGAUCAUGUGACCAAAUUUACAUGCAAGAUGACUAUCUUCCUGCAUCCCAAUAUUAUCGGCGAACGACAGCUGGAACUAUGCUUCGAUUGGAUCCGAAGUCAAGUGCUGAGUUACAGGAUCCAAGGGACAUAGUAGCCGCACUCCAGUGUACCAGUCCAAUUGCAACAGCUUAUGUUAAGGAGGAUCUACCUAAGAGAUGGCAUUAUAUAAAUAACAUACGUAUUGAGGAUUCACUGGUUCCAGUUGAGGCAGGCUGGACGGCUACUGGAGGGCCAACUACUUUCUGUGAUGGCGGAACGCACGGUUACGACAAUCUCGAUGUCUCAAUGGAGUGUGUCUGCCCAAGUUUGCCUCCGAGUAAGAUAAAGGAAUACGACGAACAACUUAAACUGACUGAGUCACUAAAGAAUAUCGCAGUGUCUGAGCAUGCUCCGUUUGGUCGACCAAUUACUAACGUUCCAUGGGAGUUCUGCGAAUUAGCCCAAACUGACUACCUUACCGGCUACAGUCAUGACCAUAGCAUAGCACUUUAUGUGUCCUAUACACUCUCACAGUCAUCGGGAUCUGAUGUGAUGAGUGAUUGUGUCCGACCCGAUGUACGAGUAACUAAUGAAUUCACCAGAAAAUGCGUCAAAGUUCGUGAUGCAUACAACAGCACAAUUUCAACCGGGUAUCUAUUCCAACCAGGAUUUUCAAGCUCUGGAGAAAGCCAAAUGGAUGCGUUAAUUUCAAGUAAUGUCGUACCACACUAUACGAAUUUUACAUCAGAUCUAUGGCAGGGUUACUUGGAGACAUCAAUUCGACAUUGGUCGAAUGCUUACGGUCGUAUUAACGUCAUUGCCGGAACAGCGUUUGAUUACAACGCAGAUGGCUUAGCCGAUGAUGCGGUGGCUCUUAGUAAUAAGAAUAAGACAGUGGAUGGACAACUUGUGCCAACACAUUAUUACGUUGUAGUGACUCGAUGUGCUGAAGGAGAGUUGAACAAGGAAUGUCCGGAUAUUAAAAUGGUGGCUUUCAUCUUACGUCAUAUGGAUGGCAUUCAAACAUGCAAACCGCCUACUGAGUUCCUUGAGACACACGUCGCUCGAGUCAGAGAUGUCGAGCUUCUAACUGGGUUAAUCUUUCAUCCAGAUAUUGAAGACGUGUACGCAACGAUUCGUUUGGAGACGUUUAUUCCGAUGCGUGGUGAUUUGUGGAAAUUAUGGCAGAUGCCAAAAAACGUUUGAACAAUUAAUAGUAUCUAAUAACCGAUAUGAAUUUCUCAGUUACGUCAUUAUAUUUGGGAGUGAUAAGUAAGUCUAAUUUAAAAAGUGUACCAAAUGAUAACAGCGUUCGAAACACGAAUUGAAAGUGUGAACAAAGCGUGUUUGAAUGCAAUCGUUACUCCUGACUACCAUUGGAUGUAAAAAUGUACAAAUUACGUAAUAAGGAAUACACAUUUUACCUAACAAACCUUAACAAACGAUGAUUAUUAGUAUUAAAUAUAUUACAAACAGUGGCCUACCUACGGGUAGGCGUGCCCUUCCCCCAAAAACGUUUUCCCUUUUCAGUCCCCAGGAUCCUUAGCUCUGCGAACUCGAAGUGAAAAAAAUAUAUACACAAAAUUGGGCAUGUAAGCUUAUUCUCCCAGAUAGUAGUUCCCUCUCACAUUCUCUUGCUUUCCUGCAGAGAUAUUUGGCCUAUUAUUAGUAUGGGCCUAAUGCCUUUGCUUCCCCACUCAACAUCAGUCCCAUUUGUUUAUACUCAUGGAUACCAUUUGCCACUGGUUUAUAGGCAUGGUUUCUGGUAGUCAGCAACAAAUAAACCUUCUAAAAUCUAAUGAGCAUAAUCUUGUUCUAAAUUUGAGAUGCUAAUGUGAUAUUUCCGUAAAUGCUUUUUCGUUCUGAAUGUUGAAAAUAAAUUACAUGUACCACGAAAGUA